AUGAUCUUUUCAACUUUUGAAACAAAGGUCAUCCUGAUGUCGAUGCUAGCCGAUGCUGAUCCUGUCCCCGUCACUGUUGAGUCGAUUCCAUUGAAGUUGAUCCCAAAGUUCCUCAGUCAGCCUAGCCAUGCAAAGUUCUCAUACUCCAAGAGGUCAAAGAAAGAAGAGAAGGAAUCAACAACACCCGCAGAAAAGACAAAAAGAUAUCAACCUCCAAUUGCUCUGCCCUCAGGAGCCCCCAAAAACUGUUCAAAGACCUACAAAGUCCCCCGUCGUCCCUUCGAAGCCGCCCGCCUCGACCAAGAGUUGAAGCUUGUCGGCGAAUACGGCCUCCGCAACAAGCGCGAGAUCUGGCGCAUUGGCUUCACACUCUCCAACAUCCGCCGUGCCGCCCGUGAGCUCCUCACCCUUGAGGAUAAAGACCCCCGCCGUCUCUUCGAGGGUAACGCCUUGAUCCGUCGUUUGGUCCGCAUUGGUGUUCUGGACGAGGACAAGAUGAAGCUCGAUUACGUCUUGGCCUUGAAGAUUGAGGACUUUUUGGAGCGUCGUCUUCAGACCCAAGUGUUCAAGUUGGGUCUUGCCAAGAGUAUUCAUCAUGCCCGUGUGUUGAUCCGUCAGCGCCAUAUCCGUGUCGGCAAGCAGGUCGUUGAUAUCCCCUCGUUCGUCGUCCGUCUCGACUCCCAGAAGCACAUCGACUUCUCCCUCACAUCCCCCUACGGUGGUGGACGUGCCGGUCGUGUCAAGAGAAAGCGUGCUGCCGCCGCUGCCUCCAAGGGCGACGGCGAGGACGAGGACGAGGAGUAA